UUGCCUUUUAAUUGUUAAAAACAGUUGAGAGAAGAAAGAAGGCUGUUCAACUGUUUGCUCAGCCGCCGGGAAGGUUAAGAUGAUGGAUAUGAUGUGGUUAUGUGCCUUGCUUCUUGGAGCUGCAUUUGGAUAUUACAUCAGCACUCUACGACACCGUAUCUUUGUCCCCUCCUCCAAAUCUGUGGCUGAGUCUAGUGGGAAUAAAAAGACUAAGUCCAAGGAACCCCUAGAGAUUGAGAAACUUGCUGAUUCUCGCAAAAGAUUCAAAAUGGUUUUGGUAGCAAGGAAUGAUCUUAAAAUGGGUAAAGGGAAGAUUGCAGCUCAAUGCAGUCAUGCAACUUUGGGUUUAUACAAAAAACUACUUCGACGAGCACCAAAAGCCUUGAACAGAUGGGAGAAUAGUGCACAGGCAAAAGUUGUUGUCAAAAUCGAGAGUGAGGAAGAGAUGCUAGCUUUGCGAGAGAGAGCCAAGUCUCUUAAACUGCCAACCCAUAUCACCAUUGAUGCCGGAAAAACACAGAUCGCUCCAGAUUCAAGGACAGUAAUGGCUAUUCUUGGACCGGUGGAUGUUGUUGAUGAUGUAACAGGUGGACUAAAGCUUAUGUAACAACUCUUAGAUUCAGCAUUGGGACAGCCUAGCACAAGGGAGAGAAUGUUAGUGACAAAAUUUGUUUUCCUUUUUAACCAUUUUUGGCAAAGAGUGCGUUUUUGAGUUAAUUACUUGAUUUUUACAUGAAUUUUGUACAUUUACCUUACUAUAGAAGAUGGUCAUAUGAUAAUAUAUUUGUUGUUUGU